AUUCGCUUUAAAUAUAAUUUAUUUAUGUAUUAGUGUGUAGGAGCAAUCUUGUUUUUAAAUUGUUAAGAGUUCCCGUGAGGCGCAUUUUAGCUGCUUUGUAGCUAAGCUAGCUAACAGUGGCAGCAGAGGAACAUCACUGCUUGAUCUGCAGUCCAGACCACGAUGGCUGUGCCUGCUGCCAUGCCUCAGCCCAGUUACCUCCUGGCAAAUCUGAAAGCAGACUGGACCAGCAAACCACUUCCUCAGCGAUGCCAGGAGCUGGUCAAGGUGAUCGAUGAUUAUCCAGCUAAGGAGUUACACCUGGUGUUCCCGUGGCUGGUUGAGAGUAUUUUCGGCAGCCUGGAUGGGGUGAUCGUGGGCUGGAACCUGCGCUUUCUGCACCCCCGCAUGAACGAAUAUAACCUCGUCAUGGACUUCCUGCAUCCGAGCGGCCCCAUGAUGAAGCUGGUGUACAAGCUGCACGCCGAGGACUACAAGUACGACAUCCCCAUCAGUUACCUGCCCGGUCCCGUGAAGACUUCGAUCCAGGUGGGCGUUCUCCCCGAUUGCCCCCUGUUCCACAAUAAGCUGCAGUUCCCCGUGUCGGGCCUGCUGACGCUCGAUGCGUUCGAGUACUACAUGUUCAACUUCGCUUCCAGUCUAAUCGCACCAAAGAACUACGCUCUGGGCCAGCUGGCGUGCUCUUCCGACAGCGCGUACUUCGUCCUCGUCGAUGCCUACCUCAAACACUUCCUACCCACCGAGGGGAACGUGCCCCCGUCUCCGUUCUCCGAUCCCAGGGGGUCUGUGGCGUCUCCUGCUCCACGGUCUCCCAGCAUGCCGUACGUGGGCUACGGCGUCCACAGCAGCAGUCUGCUGAAGCGUCACAUCUCCCAUCAACCCUCGGCGAACGCCGACCCCGCCGCCCAGGAGUUCUGGAGAUCCGAAACCCUUCUGCAGGUGUUUGUGGAGAUGUGGCUCCAUCACUAUUCUCUGGAGGUCUACCAGAAGCUGCAGUCUCCUCAGGUGAAGCUGGCGUUGCUGCAGUACCGCCUCAAUAUGUCCAGCAUGCUGUACCAGCCCCCCGCCCCACCAGGCUCUGGGACCCUCCACACAUACCAAGAGCCCUUCAGUCCCACGGAGGAGCACGUCCUGGUGGUGCGUCUGCUGGUCAAACACCUCCACGCCUUUUCCAACAGCCUGAAGCAGGAGCAGACGCCCUCCUCGCCCUCCACGCACUCCCACGCCAGCCCGCUGGAGGAGUUCAAGAGGGUGGUGGUGCAGAGAUUCGUUCAGCAGAAGCUGUACGUCUUCCUGCAGCACUGCUUCGGUCACUGGCCUCUCGACGCCUCCUUCAGAGCGGUUUUGGAGACGUGGUUGAGCUAUAUCCAGCCCUGGAGGUACACGGGCGAUCAGAAGCCAGACGCCCAGAACCGAUCCGUACCUGAGAAAUGGGCGUCAUUCGUCCACGAGAAUCUUCUCAUGUACACCAAGCUCUUCCAGGGUUUCCUCAACCGAGCCCUGCGGACCGAUCUGGUCAACGCCAAAAACGCGCUCAUGGUCUUCAGGGUGGCCAAAGUGUUCGCUCAGCCCAACCUGUCGGAGAUGAUCCAGAAAGGAGAGCAGCUGUUCCUGGAGCCCGAGCACGUCCUCCACCACCGGCAGGCACGCGCGUUCCUCUCUCCCGCGCACGGGGGCAGCUUCCUGUCCUCCCGCCAGCCCUCGGGGACGGACGCCGUCUUCAAGGUCAAGAGCCACGUGUACGGCCUGGAGGGGCAGGAGUGCCAGUACAAGCAGAUGUUCGGUACGGAGCAGCGCGGCGUGGUGCUGAGGCUGGUGCAGAUCAUAGCCCAGGCCCGGCAGACGGCGAAGCGGAUCUCGGAUCAGUCCGCCGACGUGGCCGCCAACACCUCCUUCCUGUCGUGGUUCAGCACCAGCUCCUCGGAUCCCAACGCCUUCGGGGGAGGAGAGACGGACGAGACGGGCGAGUGUGUGAGGAAGACCCACGAGUUCCUGGACAAGGCUCUGGACUACCUGUGUGAGAUAUUUCGGCUGAAUUCGGGGCAGGUCUCUCAGCUGACGGCAAAUCUGACCUCGACAGAAGACGACGGCGAGUCCAAGCUGCCCGACUGCAUACUGACCGAAAACGGCCUGGAGCUCACCGACCUGGGACGGAUGCAGAUCAUCAACGGCCAGCGCAGAUUCGAAAUCGGCUAUCGAGGGGAUCCAGAGCUCCAGCCAAUCAGAAGCUACGAAAUCGCCUUCCUGGUGCGCCUGCUGUUUCGGCUCUCGUCCCUCAUCAACGAGAGGUGGGGAGACCACAUGGAGGCGCUGUGCUCCCGGCGGGACUUCCUGGGCCGGAUGGGCAGACGUCACCUGAGCGAGAGACGGCGCGGGGGUCCGGCGGCGCGCCCGGCGAGAGGGGGGUUCCGGAGGCCCCGGGUCAGUCUGAGGGCGCUGGCCAGCUACCGUACGCUGCUGACGCUGGCGCUGCUGUACCUGCUGUUCGCCCUGUUCUCCUUCGGCCUGCUGUCCAGCACCGCCCUCAUCCUGACCGCCUGCCUGGUGUACGAGCUGCUGCUCCUGCUGCUGUCUGGUAAACUCAAGGCUCGGUAGCCACGCCCGCUGGAAUGAACGCGGCCCCGAUACCGAACUGUCUGGAGUCCUACGUGACUGGCGAGGGAGGGAUCGAACGUGGGAAGCUUUUACUGUUUUAAUUUGGGGGGGGUCGGGCGUGGUCGGGCGUGGUCGGGGUUGCUACCAACCUAGCCGGGCAUCCAACAGACACAAUUGGUCAUAUUUAAGGAAUAGAAUGAAGGUUGGAUGAGGCUUCUAAUAUAUCACACCGCCACUGUGAUAUGCCAAUAAAACGCCACCACACUUCCAUCCUUCCAUUUCCGCAUCGUCCCAUUUGCCUCACAAUUUAGUCGUAUCCAGUUCCCCACGUGCAUCUCCUCCACUGCUGCAGACCCCCUUGACCCUUUCGCCUCAGGAUCAGGAUCACGCACCGCUCUCCAUCAUUCACCGUCUCUGCGCAGCACCGCCACCAGCCAGCAGAGGUCGCAGUCGCAACUGCAGCAGCGAUUACGAAUCUCUUCGUCCCUCCCGCCCUCAGACACAGCCUGUCUCGUCUGUAUUAGGUGCCUGACUGGUUGUUGAUCAUCCCAAUCCAAAACCCUGAUCGUGACUGUGGAGUCUUCUCUCGUUUGUCACUAUAACAGACUCCACUCUCCUGGGAAGGCUUUUUAUGAGAUUUUGGAGUGUGACCAUGGAGAAUUUGGGCGCAUUCUGUUAAAAUCGCAUUUGUAAGGUCGCCCUCAUCGAUCCGUGGAGGUCAGGACGUUCUGAAUCGUUCUUUAUGCCUAGUUAUUUAACGCUUCGUGUUUUUGCGUACGCUCGGACGCACCUAAAGAUUCUCCGCGUGUUUUUUUGCUGAGAGGUUUGAAACCGAGCGCAUCAGUUUGGCACUGAAUAUACGUUCGUAAAUGUUCACUGUUUCUCUUUUUCUUGAUUCGACUGAACGUGGACGAUUAAAUUAUUUUUAUUUGA